AUGCACUCUGCUUGGCAAAGCAGAUCCGCCGUAUUCAUGCCAAAUGAGAGCAGUUCAGAAAUCUCAGGAGAACAUGUGCAGCUUUCAGAUUCAGGUAUAAACACUGAGCCACUGCUUCAGUCUACAGAGAGUCCCACAAAAAACCUUUCCAGACAAGAUGCUCAAGAAGAGAACAGAAAAGAAAAGAAAGAUAGCAGUCAAUUAAAAGAAGGUUUCUCUGAAGCUUUUUCUGCUGCCAAAGAAGAACAAAGAGAACAACUAAAGGAGGAGAUUUCUCCAUCUCUCUUUGGCGUAGAGGCAAAGACUGGAAGCAUAGAAGACAGGCCAGUCACAUCAGCAAUUGGCAUUAGACAGAAGACUUCUGAAAAAUUUGUUGAAGAGCAACUUAAAGCAGACAAUCAUCUCAGAGAGAAACAGCUCAAGGAGCAACAGAGCAAGGCAAAAAUAACAUCUCUAAAGAUUUUUCUGAAACGGAGAGAAGUUAUGGCAAGGUUCAAAAAAAUUAAACAGAAGACUCUAAAACAAGACAACAAGCAUUCCAGAAGAGCUGGGUUGAAUCGCUGGGGUAAUUUCUUCCAGUCUGGCCAAGUGAACACAGGUAUACUGCAGCCGGGGGAAUGCCCUCAGUUAAAUCUGCAAGUCAGUAACUCUGUACAGAUGGAUACCCAUGAAAAAAAAGCAGACUGUGCUUUAGCUGAGUGGGAGAUAAAGACUGACUGUGAAGCAAAAGUAGUUGAGCAAAGUGCAGAAGAAAAAGAAGUCAUUGGGAGAGACGAAGACUCAAAGGAAAAUCCUGUUGACUCAUUACAGAGAAGAUGGCCUGAAAUCCUGCAACCAUGUCCUGAAACAAUGACAGGCAUGAACCUACAAGUGGGUGAGGAAAGAGAAACUCAUCAUAUGGAUUCUCUAGGACAAACAGGCAGAACUGAUGGAAGACCUUUGGAGAGUACCCUGACAAAGAACCUAGGUAGGGUGGAUCAGCCUGUGAAGGGUCAUAUCAUAGAUGGAGCAAAAACACCCUUGGAAUUCCUGCAAAGGCAUUAUCCACUCCAGGAUUUAGAAACAAAUUGCAUCAAGGAGGCAGAGUGCAGUGGAGGCCCCGCAUUCAUGUGGGGUCAGAAGUGGGUUCAGGUAUGCCCACAGGAACUUGUUUUGGGGAGCCAGAACUCAGAAAGUGAAAGACAAAUCCAUACUGGGUUUAAGACGGUCAAUGACAAGAUAAUAAAAAUUUCAUGUAACCCACCUGAGGCUGUGGAGAAGGGAGGGUCGUCCUCAGCUUUGCAGCAAAGGAAAGGAACAGUUGCCUCGACGUGGCAAGUUGCGUCUUUAUCCUGGGAGUCAAACUGCUCAUCUCGCAACAGUGACGAUAAUCCCAAAUCUCACCAUGUUCAACAUCCCUCCCAGCAUGUGACUCAGACAGUAGAUCACACUGACAGACAUUUUGAUCUCUCUGAUGGUCACUAUGCUAGUGAUGAGUCCAGUGGAACAGAAAAAAUGUCUGCUAAAAUGUACAGCAGAUCACCACCAAGAAAACAAGGUAUUCAAGCAAUCUCAGGACAGCAAGAUCUCUCCUGCAGCACAAGCAGCAGUGAUUCUAGUACUGGGACUGUCUGUCUGAAAGGGAGCAAGGCUCGCUCUUCUCUUCAGGAGUCCCUGUUUCAUCUUACAAGACUGAAAAGAAGAGAGCACAAGCCUGAAUCAAAGAAUGAGAAUAGGGACAGUGGUGUUAAAAGCCUACAUCUGCCAUCCUCGAGAGUGGCUCAUGAGAUUCCUAUUUUCAAGAUUAAAGAAAUCCCUGAAGUGGAGGAACUACAGAAAAAACUGUUUACGGACACAUUAGAUGUCUUUACAGAAGAAACCCAGAACAUCCUUAGCAGAGGAUUAGGAACUGGUAAUAACAGUGGAACCCUUUCACUGACUGUGGUGAAUGAAAAUGAUGAGAAAACAAUGCAUUUUCACAGAACACGGAUAGACCAGCCCAAGACUGUCAGGAGCCAGGAGCUGACUCACACCUUGGAACACAAUAGAGAUCAAACUCACCCACUGCAGAGAGAAAAAGUUGCUCAGAGCAAGUUCAGAAGAACAACUAGAGUGACUGAAGAAAAUGUGAAAUCAGAAGAAAUACAAAUACUAAAACAGCAGAUUGCCGGACUGCAGAAGGAGUUCAAGAGAAGUGAGUCCUGCUGGCGUUCUGCCUACAGCAAGCUGAGAGACCAGGUUGAGUUGCUGACCAGGCAGAACAUGGAGCUUCGAGAUGAGCUCAGAAUUUCAGAACAUCAAAGAUGGAAAGCAGAAAAAAAUCCAAAAGCUGUGAACUUUUUGGACAGAAAAUCAGAGACCCCGGUUGCAGAAGCUAUUCUGCAAGGGACAGCAUCUUCAUCCAAACAGGAAGAAAGUUCAUGGAGAGAUAAUCGCAAAAGCCUCAGCACCUCUCACAUGGGGCUGAAAACAUGUUUACAAAGACACUUAAUUAGAGAUGUGAGUAGCAAAGGAACAGAUAGUUCUGUGCAAGGAGCUCAUCCUUUGAGAUCAGUGACAAAAGAACAUCAAGAAAAGAAACCAUCUAACUGCUCCAUUGAUAGAAGCACACCAACUGGCAGGAGAACACUUAAUCAGGGAAAACUGACACCUUUAGAACCAGAAAAAGUUGUACAUCAGCCCUUGCCUACUGGAGGAAAAACAGAUAGUAGAAAAUCACCUGGAGCUGUCUCACAUGUAACUGGUCUUUUCAAGGAGCCUAACUCAUCUUCCUGUAUGAAAGGCAUGCCUUUGCCAAUUUCAGAUAGCUCAGAAGACAUGUCCCUCUCACAUAACCAUGGCAAUGACACUUGCAGCUUUGUACCCUGCAAUAACAACGAAGUGUCUCUGGAAGAAUAAACUCUUAAAAAGACAGAAAAGCUGCUAAAACCUCAGAAUAAAGUGGCUUUAGUGACCACACAUAGGAGAAGUGGCAUAACUGCAGAUGGCAACAAAGUAUUUACAGACAGUUGUGCUUUUCUGGAUGCUGAAGCAAAGCCUCCAAAAUUAUCUAGAAGGUCAAUGUUGCAUCAAGAAAGAAGAAAGAGUGAGGAAGAGGUGCAGGAAAAAAUAGAGUAUCAUGAUGGAAAGGUAGAAGAGGUGCUUACAGAUGGACGUCGAAUCCUCACUUUCCGCAAUGGUACUAAAAAAGAGAUUAGUGUUGAUAAAAGAACAACAACAAUUAGCUUUUCCAAUGGAGAUGUAAAGAAGAUCAUGCCAGAUCAGAGAGUGAUUUAUUAUUAUGCAGAUGCACAGACAACCCACACUGCUUAUCCAGAUGGCCUGAAGGUACUGCAGUUCCCUAAUAAUCAGAUAGAAAAACAUUAUCCCGAUGGCACACAAGAAAUUGUGUUCCCAGAUCGCACAGUGAAGUGCCUCUAUAGUGAUGGACUGAAGGAAACUUUUUUCCCAGAUGGCACAGUAGUAAAAGUAGAAAAGAAUGGAGAUAAAAUAGUGAUAUUCAGUAAUGGCCAGAAGGAGAUUCACACUGCACAAUUCAAGAGGCGGGAGUACCCAGAUGGCACUGUGAAAACCGUGUACUGCAACGGCAGACGGGAAACCAAGUACUCCACUGGACGAGUUCAAAUCAAAGAUGAGGAGGGUAAUCUCAUCCUAGAUAAGAAGUAAUUCCUCCCCGCAAAGGGCUGCACUGUAUGUAUGUAGCUCAACCCAUGUUCUUGGCAGGUCAGAGCUGUUAGCAAGAUUUAACUUGUGAAAAGGACUGGAUGGAUCUGUAAGGCUGAAAAUUACUUUGGCUGAGUGACUGGCUUAGCUUGAAAUAACCUUACCUGAAUGUAAUGUCUCUUGAGUGAGACUUGAAUGAGAUGCGGUCAUGUGCUCUUUGUGUAUGCAACACUAGAAUA